AUGCAGAACAAAACCUCCCCGCACUCCGCGGCUGCGGGGGAAAACUUGACGAAAUCAACAUGCCAGGGCCCAAGAACCCUCAAUGCUGCGAUCCAUGUCGCCUUCUGCACCACAAGUGCGACGGGAUUUUGCCACAAUGCAGUCGAUGCGCCCGCACAAAUCGCGACUGUACACGAGGGAAACGAGAGACGAAGUUCCGACAAGCGAAAAAUCGCACAUCGCGCACAAAGUUUCCUCAAAAUCAAGUUUGGCUUCGACCGCCACCGAGAGCGUAUCGUCCCUCUAGUUGACUUCGUACUCGAAUCCGGCAAUGGAGAGCCAGAUGAUUUGAUUGAGAGGGAGAUGCCGAUUUCUUCGCCGGGGAAGAAUUUGCAGAGCAAUGCCCAUUCCAUGCCGACCCCGGAACGCCCGUCUUCAAGGUCCUCACAUACUGCCGUACUUCCGAAUUAUGAACACGCAACCCAGCAGCUACACAAUAGGAAUGCUCGGUCGUCAAUCAUCCCAGGAUUCGAUACCCCCGAGCGACAACACGAGCGGCGAUGGCCUUUGAGGGACCCCGAAGAGGCGCGUUUGUUGCAGCAUUUUGUGGAUAAGGUUGCCCCAUUUUUUGACUGCACCGAUCGCCAGCAGCAUUUUGCCAUCCAUAUUCCUCACCGAGCACGCCGCUGCGAGACCUUGUUCAACGCAAUGAUGGCCAUGUCGGCUCGCCAUUUGAAUCGGACUACACAUUUUGAUCCUUUCGUCUCGGACCACUACUACCAGGCUUGUUUGGAGAAAUUGAUCCCAGCACUCGAUGAUCAUGGGGUGACGAUGGAUGACGAUUUGCUGGCUGCUACUGUCAUAUUACGUCUUCUGGAAGAAUUCGAUGUCCCACUUGCUGGGUCCGAUAUUCGGGGCCAUUCUUUUGGAACAAAGGCUUUCAUACGGGGUCCCACGCUGAUGACUACGACGCCUAGUCUCAGGCAAGCUGUUUACUGGAGUGGGUUACGCCAGGAAAUUUACAAUGCACUUAGCCUGCAGCAGGCCCCGGAUAUUGACUUGAGUUCCCUAAACCUGAACUCGCAGUUUAGCCCGCUUGGGCCAGACGCUGGUGAUUGCGCAUGGGCAAACCAGGCAAUCGCGCAUUGUGCGGAUGUCUUAAUAUUUUGUUUCGGGGAGGGUCAUCGCUCGACGGCUGUGCAUGCAGAACUCAAAGCACAGAAUGAGCAAUGGACUGCGACUCGCCCAGACUCUUUCGACCCAUAUUUUGUCGGCGAAGAAGGGGAAAUUGGAGUCGCAUUCCCUGACGUCCGAUUCGGAUGUCCCUGGCAUGCAAUUGGAAAUCAGUACACCGAUUUGGCGCAGAUUCUGCUAGCUGUGCAUGAUCCAAGUUUACCAACAGUUGGUCCUUUGCGUAGGCGGUUGAUCCAAGACGCUGAUGAUUUCAUCCGCAAGGGGGUUUGGGUUGUAUGUGGCGCUGCGCUAUCUAACGCGUCUGUUCCCCCUGCUAUGGUCGUUGGGUGCAUGGCUAUUCAUCUCUGCGGCGAUCGGUUCACGGACCCGCAUCAGCAGGACCUGUUGAUUCAGGUUCUUGUUCGGACGGACACUCUUCAUGGUUGGCCGACUCAUGCGCUCCAACGACAGCUUCGGGAGACGUGGGGCAUCCUUUGA